UUCAUAUUGCUAGUUGACAACACACCAGAAUCAGAAUGCACAAAAUUUUCCUCAUUCCCAAAACAAACAGCCAAAAAGUUUUUGUUUAUUCUGUUUUGAUAAACAAUUCUUAAACAUUCCAAUUUAAUCCUGCAUUAAUCUAUGGUGGGCCUUAAAGUUUUUCCUUAUAUAGUAAGCAAGCAAGAAUAAAGGGUUAAAGUUGUCAACUUCCAAUUCUGGAGGUUUCUAGUUACAAAAUCUGGAAAAAUACCCAUCUCAAUCAAAGCUGAUAAACCAUUGUUUUCUCUUUCAUUGUCAUUUGAUCAUCUAGGUAAAAGUUAACAAACUUUAGACCUCUGAAUUCAUUUACAGAAAAUAAAGUUGAAUGGCAGUGGAGUAUUCAUGUUGUGGGUCACAGUUUUUCAUAAGAAUAGUGAUAUGCAUCAUGCUGGUGUUGUUUGCUGGGUUGAUGUCUGGACUCACCUUAGGACUCAUGUCCCUCAGUCUUGUUGAGCUUGAAGUUCUUGCUAAAUCUGGAACUCCAUGCGACCGAAAAUAUGCUGCAAAGAUAUUACCUGUUGUCAAAAACCAGCACCUGUUGCUCUGCACCCUCUUAAUAUGCAAUGCAGCUGCCAUGGAGGCUCUUCCAAUAUUUCUUGACAGUUUAGUAGUAGCUUGGGGUGCUAUUCUGCUCUCAGUGACACUAAUACUCUUGUUUGGUGAGAUAAUCCCACAAGCUGUUUGCUCCCGGUAUGGCUUGGCAAUUGGUGCUGCUGUGACCCCUCUUGUAAGACUUCUUGUCUGGAUUUGUUUUCCCGUUGCAUAUCCAAUAAGCAAGGUGACAAACUUAUCAAUGUGUUAUCUACAUUUCGCUAUCCUUUUUCGGUUUAGCAGCCAGCAAAUAAGUAUAUUUCAUUAUUUCAUUAAUCCUUUUUUUGGUUCACUUCACCAGUUGUUAGACCUUUUGCUGGGAAAAAGACACAAAGCACUCUUCCGGCGAGCUGAACUGAAAACUCUAGUUGACCUGCAUGGAAAUGAGGCAGGAAAGGGAGGAGAACUUACUCAUGACGAAACUACAAUCAUAGCAGGGGCACUUGAACUCACAGAAAAAACAGCAAGGGAUGCUAUGACCCCUAUAGCAAAAACUUUCGCCAUUGAGAUUAAUUCUAAACUCGACAGGGAUACAAUGAAACUGAUAUUGGAUAAUGGACAUAGCAGAGUUCCAGUAUACUACGAGAAUCCUACAAACAUAAUAGGCCUUGUUCUGGUGAAGAAUUUGCUGACUGUUAAUCCAGAUGACAAUGUGCCGGUAAAGGAUGUCACCAUUCGGAAAAUCCCAAGGGUUUCAGAGAACAUGCCUUUGUAUGACAUACUCAAUGAAUUCCAGAAAGGCCGUAGUCACAUGGCUGUUGUCAUUAGAAAAAGUCGCUCAGAGCAGUCAACCAGCGACUAUCCACUUGAAGAAUCAUUGACAGAGGUGAAAGUGGAGAUAGAUGGCGAUAUGCAGUCUCAAGAAAGGCAAUUGAGGAGCAAAAGAUCACUGAAGAAGCUGAAGAGCUUGCCUAAUACUACCUAUGAGCUUCAUAGAGAAACUUCAAAAGGUAAAAAGUGGUCCAAAAAUGUGGACUCCGAAAUAUUGGACCUCAACCAGAAACCACUUUAUGAGUUAUCAGAAGAUGGAGAAGCUAUUGGCAUAAUCACAAUGGAAGAUGUCAUGGAAGAACUACUACAGGAGGAAAUAUAUGAUGAGACUGACCACAGACAUGAGAGUUUAUAACACAGGUUCAGGCGAAAACGUAACCGAUUUAGAAGCCGAGGUGUAUUUUUUAGCCACACAGUUCUAAUUGCUUUCCUCCGACAAGAAAUGAAAUCAUAUUUAGAAGUAAUAUCUUGUCAUUCUGGAUGGAUUUACCUUGAAAUUUUGAGCUAGUAUUGGCUUUUGAAUUUCAAUUACGAUCGCGGCGAAGUGCCCUUGCCAACAUUA